GACCUUCAAGUGCAAAUAAAACAUUUUGAAAGACCAAGGAAUACAGUGGAUAUUUCUGCCAAACUCAAAACUUAAGGCAUCAAGUGGUAUUCUUUGUCUUGAGGUCAUUCAUAAUCCAUUUUUACUAAGCCUUUCUGGCAGAAAAUUUUGAGGUCUUCAGGAAUUCGUACUCAUAAUGCUGGUUCUAAGAGAGAAUAUAUAUACCUUGGUGUGUUUCCUAUGAGCACAAGGAUGCUGGGAGAUGAACAAAGUACUCCAAAUUUUCAAACCCAACCUAGGAGGUCUACUAGAAAGAGUCUUGUUAUUCGUCUCUCUUGUCCAGUCAACCAAUGUUUAGAGGAGCAAACCGUAUCAGGUGAUCCAAAUGUCAGUUGCCAAGUGACCGACAAGACAACUAAAGAUGUGACCAUAAUUUAUCAAAGUGAAUGCCAAAAAUGGGACGAGUUGGUGAAGGAAUAUGAAAUACGAUUAAAUAUAGCUAAAAAUCCGACUGAUUUUCCGUCUGAGAAAUGGAUUAAAACAGAUCCUGUUACUCGGAAAUAUUUUAAUCUACUUUAUUCACGAAAGGUUUUCGGUACUUAUGAUUCAUUAGACAGUUUUAAAAAAUCUCUCUUCGAAACUAAUAAUGAUAUUCUGUAUGAGCUGGAGAAACUUCCACAUUUACUCGAAAGACAGUGUUUAUUCUUGGAAAGCCUUAAGAAGAAGUUGCGCCUGAAGCAGCAUAUUCUUGAAGACCUACACUUCACCCGUGACUCCCCAGUUUCGCUUUUGUCUGAAUUCCUUGAUACAUCAACUUGACAUGUACAUAUGUCAUUGUAUUUUCUUGAUGCUAUUUCACAGAACUGAUUGAAAGUUAUACCUUCAUUUAGAGCUGUUUUCUCUUUAUCCACUUCAGUUAUCAAUUCCUAAAACAGAAAUAUUUAUACACAAGUUUUCUUAAAUAUGUCCACUUUUUACUAAAAAAUAAAAAUAAUUUCGAAUCAUUUGUAAAGAACCAUGUGAAUGAUCAGAAUCCAAUUAAGCAAAUUGUUUUGAACUUAUGUACUUACACAAUAUUACUUUUAAAUUAUUCUAUGAAAAGUGGGUGUAUGCUGUAUUUGCUGAGUGGAGGAUUUUACUCUAGUUUUCUAGUUUUUUUCUUUGAUUACCAUCUGUAUUUAAAUAAUAUUGACUUCUGCUUUAUGACCCUACUAUUUGAAAAGUCUGUGGUCUUAAUUUACUACUUCACUUUAAAAAAUGUGGAAUGAAAACUUUUAAAGUGCGACUAAAAGACAAAUUUUUAUCACGACAGUUAUUAUUUUUCCUUGUUGUUUAUAUGAAAAGUGCUAUAAUCUUC